AUGUACAUGGUGCAGAAGCGGUGGGCCGAUGUAGCCGCACUCUUCAACCAGUUGAUGCUCUUGCCUGAUUGGGUUCUCGAGGAUGCAGAGACCUUGAGCCGCUUCACCAACGAUAUCCAGCUGGCUGCCAAGGAAGCUCUACAUUUUCCGGAGCCAGGAGAGACGCGUGAGGUUCCUUCCCUAAAGUUUGCCGCCUUGCUGGAGCAGUUGGCGCUGCUGGCCCCAAGGUAUGAGUUUCAACUGCCACCCUACUUCCUGAACAAUGCACGAGCCCUGGGCUGUCUGGAAGGCAUGGCGCGCACGGUUGAUCCUGAUUUUAACAUCUUGGAGAAAGUCUAUCCAUUUGCUUUGGAUCGUCUUUUGUCUAAUCCGUCGAACUCGCCAGUCUUGAGUAGCACUUUGCAGCGCCUUUGUGAAGACGACUUGGGUCACUUGUGCUUGGCGAAAGCUGAUGAGCUUGUGGCCUCUGCAGCCCGCCUGUCAGGCAAGAGGAAACACGAUGUGGUCAUGGACAGCUUGCGCACCAAAGGCGGCCGGCGCUUCUUCCGGAAGCUGCUCCGGAACGAGAUCCGGGUCAGAUGGUCGCGCUCGCGAUCGCUUGCGGCUGCGCCACGAGCCGAACCAUCCAGUGGCACUCGUGGAGAAAAGACAGUGGCACUGCCUGCGGGGCCUGUGGUCAGUGAAAGCUACGACCUGUCGCUCGCGGGGCUGCGUCAUGCUGCGUCUAUACGUGUGUGGUCACAGCGAACCCCCCCCAGGGUCGACUGUGGGGGAGAAAGUUUAAGAAGACCCAGGCAUGGGCUCUCUCGAUCAUGGGACCAGUCAGACUGCGUCACAGGUGAGGCACUGCUUCACAUGCUGAGAAAUGGCAAACUGACUGAUGCGUCAGAGAGCUACAACUGGAAAAUGUUUAUUCAUAGAAUCCCUCUGCUUUAG